UAACAGAGAUAGAGAGAGGGUUAAAGGGGUCUUGCUUCAUCCAUAUAACUAGAAAGACCUUCCAUGGACUGAGGAACAGAUGAGGAAGAAUGCGUCCGUAUGGAAGUUAAUGGAUUCCGUGGGAAAAGGGGGCUACAGGUCUAAACGAGCCAGCAAGUCCUCCAAUGAUAAGCGCCUGGACAAUGAGAUGUGGGAUCUCAGUUCCAGCUCCUCCAAUCAGCCUGCAGUCCCAGGGCCCCACUCCUCACUCACAUCCUCCUCCUCUCGCCACCUUGGCCCCCCAUCUCCGUCAGGUCUGCAUGCCCCUGCCCCUCCCCUCUCCUCUAUCUCCUCUGCUUCCUCCUUGCCCCACUCUCGCCAGCUUCGUGCCCCGUCUCACUCAGGUUUGUGCGCCCCGGCCCCUCUCUCACCCCUCUCCCGCUCCUCCUCUCACCAGCUCGGCCCCCCGUCUCACUCAGGUGUGCGUGCCCCUUCCCCACCCUUCUCUUCUCCCUCCUCCUCUUCAUCUUCUUUGUCCCCGUCCCGUCACCUCGGUCCCCCCUUUCCCUCACCUGGGCGUGCCCCUUCCCUUCCCACUCCCCUGUCCCGCUCUUCCUCCUCCUCCUCUUUCACACAGGCCUCAGGGCCCAGCUCAGCAUCUCAGGGCUACUUCUCUCAGCUCUGGAGCCCUCAGGUACCGUAUCUCUGACCGUAUAUCUGAAUCGC